UGACAAAGAUUUAACAAACAUUACAAUACCUCAAGAAGCUCCAUUCACCACUCAUUUCUUCUAUCAACCAAAGCAAGCAUCCAAAUCCACUCUCACCUUAUUCUUCUCUUUAACAAAAUUGCAAAUAUCAAAAUGCUUUUUUCCAUCACAUUCCUUUCACUCUUUCUUCACCACCAUUACCACUCUUCCACUUUCCUCUUCAUUCCUAUGGCAAAGAAUCUUCCUGAAUAAUCACACAAAAAAACACACUUCAUUAUAUUUUUUCUUGCUUUCAUUACGAAAUGAAUUUGAAUCACUCUUGUGGUUUCUCUUUAACCAAACAAACAACAAAAUCAAUAUCUUCUUUUUACCUUAGAAAUUCUCAUGUUUUUCUCUUCAAAAAUACUUCACCUUUGUUUCUUAGAGAGUUUCUUCAUGUCAAGACUCUUCCUUUUUCAACAAACAUAACAAAAAGUUUGAGAAACUGUAAACUCACACACCCUUUUGCUAGUUUAUCAUCUUUUGCAGAAGCAGAAGGAGAAGAAGGUUCAAAAGAAGAAAUUGAACACCAUAAUGCAACAAAAAAUGGAGAGAAAGAGAAUAAUAAUGGUGAAGUAUCAGGAAUGGCAAAAGCAUUUAACAUAUCAUCAAGAACAGCUUCUGCUAUAACAAUAUGUAUAGCAAUGGCUGCACUUGUUUUUCCUUUGUUUAUGACAUCUUUAGGACAAGGCUUAACAUUGAAGACAAAAGUGUUAUCAUAUGCAACACUUUUGUUUGGGUUAUAUAUGGCUUGGAAUAUUGGUGCGAAUGAUGUUGCAAAUGCAAUGGGAACUUCAGUUGGAUCUGGUGCAUUGACACUUAGGCAAGCUGUUUUGACAGCUGCAGUGUUGGAAUUUUCAGGGGCAUUGUUGAUGGGAACUCAUGUCACAAGUACAAUGCAGAAAGGGAUACUUGUUGCUAAUGUUUUUCAAGGGAAGGAUUCUUUGCUUUUUGCAGGGUUGCUUUCUUCACUUGCUGCUGCUGGUACUUGGUUACAGUUUGCAUCAUAUUAUGGUUGGCCGGUAUCUACUACACAUUGUAUAGUAGGAGCAAUGGUAGGGUUUGGCCUAGUGUAUGGAGGUGCUGGUGCUGUUUUCUGGGGUUCAUUGGCUAGAGUGAUUUCUUCAUGGAUUUUCUCGCCUCUAUUGGGAGCAGCAGUCUCAUUUCUCGUCUACAAAUGCAUCCGAAGGUUUGUAUACAGUGCAAAUAACCCAGGACAAGCAGCAGCUGCAUCAGCACCAAUUGCUGUAUUUCUCGGUGUAACCGGAAUUUCAUUUUCUGCAUUCCCUCUUAGCAAGACCUUUCCUAUAGCUCUAAGCCAGGCAUUAGCCUGUGGAACCGUCGGCGCUUUCCUGGUUAAUAGAACUAUCAGAAAACAACUCGGACAUCUUCUAGAUAAGCCAAAUACUACACAAUCUGAGCCAAAAGAUGAUGACACUGCCCAUCAAAACAUAGGCUUCUUCUCUGAUAUUACAGGUCCUAAGGGUGCUCAACUUGAAAUAGUUUAUGGAGUUUUCGGCUACAUGCAAGUUUUAUCAGCGUGUUUCAUGUCAUUUGCUCACGGUGGAAACGAUGUCUCCAAUGCGAUAGGUCCAUUGGCCGCUGCUCUAGCUAUUCUACAAGGCGCUGCAAAAGGAGCCGAGAUAGUUAUUCCGAUUGAUGUUCUUGCAUGGGGUGGAUUUGGAAUUGUUGCCGGGCUAAUGAUGUGGGGUUAUAGAGUGAUAGCUACAAUUGGAAAGAAAAUUACAGAACUUACACCAACGAGAGGAUUUGCAGCCGAGUUUGCGGCUGCUUCAGUGGUUCUGUUUGCUUCUAAGCUAGGGCUACCGAUAUCAGCAACACAUACACUAGUUGGUGCAGUAAUGGGAGUUGGAUUCGCGAGGGGACUUAACAGUGUUAGAUCAGAAACUGUGAAGGAGAUUUGCGCUUCAUGGGCAGUUACUAUUCCGGUUGGCGCUACCUUAUCGGUGAUUUACACGUGGAUUUUGACGAAGCUUUUGUCUAAUGUUUUUUGAGUGUGCAUUUCCAAGAUAUAAAAAACAAGUUAUAUGUAUGUGGUUACUUAAUUCAAUUCACUAGCCCCAUCUUGAGAUUGUUAUUUGUGGUGAAAUUCGGAGAACAUUGGCAAGGGAUGAAAUUUUUGGUGUUUGGUUUCUAUGUCAAGACUAUGAUUGAAAUUGAGAAUGAAGAAAUUGUAGACAUGUUACUUUUCUCUAGCUAAGUUGAAAUAAUAUAGCAAUCUUUAGACUUUGAAGGAUGAAAGUUCAGAGAAAAUAUUGAGAAAAAGUUUCAAUGUAUGUACUUAAUAAAUUCAUUUUAAUCAUUUUGGUUUUUCUUUUC